ACCCGUCCUUUUCCAUAUCUCUCCACAUUUAGCAUGACUGCCUUGCCACCAGUCCGGCCGCCUGUGAAAGGGCGGAAGGGCAAGUAUGCUCAGCGGACGUUGCUGGAUGCCACGGACAUCCCAGCGCCGGGCUUCGUCCAGGCGUUCUGUGCCUCUCAGCAGCUGUCGCAGCAGCUCGCGCAGGAGCGGCACUUCAAUGCCAAUGGCCAGGCCGCAUACCUGAAGAAGAAGCAACAGCAGCUUGCAUACGUGGAGGAAGCGCAUAGGCGCGAGCAGCCUCCCUUAGAGACCGUGGCGGCACCGGAGAUCAUGCGCGGCGAGCUGCGCCGGGACGCUGUUUUCCAUCACGGUGCCGCAGGGGUCCCGGCACCCUUGACCGGGCCUGCAGCCUUGGACCUCACCGACUUGCGCGGUGGCGGUGUGCCCAUCGUGAAGGUGGGGAACGAGGCCUUGGCAUGCCGCGAGAAGCGCCUGGAGCGGCAGAAGGACUUCUUAGCCUCACGGAAGGUCCGCCAUGACCAGGCGCUCGAAGAGUUCCAGCGGGCGCUGGACGUGCUCUCUGAGGAGUGCCAGCAAGAGGUCUUCGCGGCAACAGAGCGGGUGAAGAAGGAUUUGGAAGAGAAGAUCGCAGAAAGCAAUGCGAUCUUAAAACCUUUAGAACCACCUCCACUGCCGGAGAGACCGGAGGGUGAAGAACCUUUGGUCUUAGACGAGACCACCUUGCUGGACGAGCUUCACGACUUACCACUCGAUGGCACCAUCGACCCGGCAAAGGCCAAGGCGGUGGCCGCGGAGAACGCGGCAUUGAAGGCCUUAAGAAGUCUGGGCGAACGCACGGAGGGUGAAGUGCGAGGCAUCCUAGCGGCAGUCGAGGCCUCGACCGAGAGCCGGAAGCAGCGGAUCUCGGCCUUCGCGGGCGCGGAUGGGGAACUGGCGCGCAUCGAUGGGCUUCGGAAGUCGAAGAUGGAGGAGCUUCUGAAGACCUUAGUUGAGGCACUCACCGCUGCCGCACAUGUGGUGCACGGCGAAGCCGAGCGGAUCGUGGAAGGGCACGCCCUCUCCUUUGACGAAGUGCUUCUUGACAAUCGGAAAGCUAUGAACCAAUUGGAAGCCAAGCUGACGGUUCAGGCCUUGGAGGACAACAAAGACUACAAGGUACGUUGGCACAAGGGUCUCCUGCUCUGGAAGCAGCAGCGGCACCGACACAGCAUGGCGGUGGUGAUGCGGCGGAUACGCAGCAAUGAGUUCCGGCAACCGGACUCGCUGGUCGAGGCGGUGGCCAAGGUCCGAGAACAUCAGGCCUUUGUGUUUCUGCAGCGCAGAGACCUCAUGGAAGAGCUCUUCUGCAUACCUCAGAAUCGUCUCACUGUAGCAGCCGUGCGGCAGUUGGAAGAGCAGAACACACAGCUCAAUGACCGCGCGCAGGAGACCUUCGACACGUUGCUGGUGGAGCUCCGCGAGCUGCGAGAAGCCUUGAACGUCUCAGCCGAGCAGAUGCUUGGUGAGCUGGGAUUGGAGCUGGAAGUACAUGAUGCUCGCCAGGAGUGGAAGGGCCAUGAUUCGGUCGCGAACCUCAUCGACGCAGAGGUGCGACCACCGCUGCGAGAGUGUUUGGAUCCAGUGGCAGAGAUGCUGCAAUUGCUCUCCAACAAGCUGACUCAUCAAGAGGAGGCGUUGCAUUUGGCGGUCACCGGCGUGAUCACCUUCUUUUCCAACCUGGCGAAGCGACAAGAACUCUUGAAGAAGCGCGUCGAGGAGUUCGAGGUGAAUUACAAUGGUGAAGUGGAAGACUGUGAAAAGGAUUUUGAAGAUACCUGCGAGAGGAACGAGAACAAGAUGAAGGAACUGCAUACCGCGAUCGAUGAUGCAGCGCAUCAUGAAACUUUGGAAGAGCUGAAGCAGGAAACCUUUGAUCACUUAGAUCAAAUGGCUGUGGGCUAUCGGGACUAUGCGGAUCAGCUCCUGGGAAUACAUCAGCGAUAUCCAGGAGACGCACAGGCUCUCAUCCGCAAGGAAACGCGUGGAUAUUGCCAGGACUUGGGCUUGGCCUUGGAUCCCGCCGAGGAAACGGUGGCGCUGAAAGCCGAACGUGCGGCGCACGCCGCGCAGCUGGAGGCGGACGCCAUCGCAGCGGCAGAGGCAGCCCACGCUGCGCCGGAUGGUGAGGAUGAGGCGGCCAAGGAAGCGCGGCUACAGGCGUUGGCCGCAGCCAUCGAGACUGCCAAGACACAACUCCGGCAGGACGCAGAGGCGCGGGAAGCGGAGGCAGUGGAAGCAGAAGCAGCGGCCUUUGAGGGUCUGGAGGAGAAGAGCCUUUGGGUCUCUGCGGAAGAUGUGCCGCUAGGUGAGGGUACUGGUUGCAAAGUCUUAGAGAAGAAGUCCCUCCCCGAGCUGCGCGGCACCGUGCUCCAAGAGCAUCCCAUCGACGGCCCCAGCGACGCAGACGGAGCGCCCGACGGCACGGCCGCGGCCGCCGACGGAGCCGACGACGGAGCGACCGACGGAAGCGACGCAGAGCCAGUCUUCGCAGAUGGGACGCGGGCGCUGGAGACCUUGAGCUUUGACCAUUCUUGGUUUGAAGAGAACUUGUAUGGCUUGAGAGAGGCGAUCUUCCAAAACCUCCAGACUCAGAAACGCUACUUGGACCGUGUGGACAUCCCUGCGGCCUGCGAAGAAGUGCGACGGGAUUUGGAUCAGCGCCUGCGGCGGCACACCAACCGCAAGGGAGAAGUCCAGGUGGAGUGGUAUGUGCCACGCUACGGAACCGUAUCCAAACACAAGGACAAGUUCGAGCGACACUUGAUCAGUGUGGCACACAAGUGUCAAGACCAAGACGAUGCUGUGGAGAAGGCCCUGGAAGAAGUGGAAAAAGCAGAAGAAGAGUUCAAGCAGCGGCUUGUUAGUUUGCAGGAUCGUCUCAGCGAAGCGGAGACGCUACCUGUCCUCACCUCCUUUGAACGACAGGCUUCUGAUCUGCUUCUGGGCUUCAAAGACUUCUGCAAGAGUGCGGUGAAGACGCUUUUGGAGUUGAGCAGCAAAGCACCACAGGCCUUGCAGAAGGACAACCAAGCCUUCCUGAUGAUGUGCAAGAAAGGAGAGGAGCAGUAUAGCGAGCCCGAGAUCGUGUAUUAUGGUGGUGAGAUUCAAGAGUUGAACUCAACGUUGGAUGAACGGAUGCAAGAAAGAGCGCAGAAGGCUCAUGAUCUGGAGGCCGCCGUCGACGAGAAAUGCAAAGCGCCGAUGCACACCUUCUCUGAAGCCUAUGCCGCUGCGGUGGAAUCCCUUUGUGCGAGCAAAGGCUAUGGCCGGAAGUAUGGCGAGCCAAGGCGCAAGGCGCAAGAACGUGUGCGUACGUUGAUCGCGAGGGCGAAGACGGUGGGCUCCAACGUCGAGUUGCUCUUGGACUAUGUCAAGAAGCUCUUGGCUUUGCCCCUGGAAGAUGGUGGCUUGGAGAUGAGUGCCAUGCCACCGCCGCCGCGGAUCAUGAGCAUCAGGCACUUCUUCGAGCGUGGGGGAGAGACGUGGAGCUUCCCAUCCGAAGCCUUGGGCGUUCUGUAUGUGGCCGUUUGCACCAUGGCAGAGCUUGGAACACAUUUGGGCGCCUUCAAAGAAGCUUAUGUCUCCAAGUACGAGCUGGCCGCGGUGCCUUGGCUCCGCAUCCUACGGGAGGAUGCCUGCCUCAUGCCGCCCGCUGAGCAGCAGCAAGAGGCACAUCGAAAGGCUGAAGCUGCCAAGAAAGCAUUGAGUGAGAAUUCUGCGGAGAACGAAGCAGAAGCUGAAUCUGCCAUUCAGCUAUCACGAUCGUUGGAGGCCUCCAGUGCUUUGAGGGACGACUCUCUGCUCCGCGUGCUGGGCCCUUUGAUGAAAAGCGAGAAGUUCAACGAUGAGAUUCAGCUGGUCAUCAAAGCUUCACAUGAAGCCUAUGCUGGGCAGGCUGGAGGAACCCCUGAGUUCAUGCAGAAGUUCCUGUCUGACAUGCAAGUUUCUUGCGAGCAUGCUCGCCAGGAAGAUUGUCGCGCACUGCGCGACUGGGGUGAUCAGCUGCGGGAAGAGACGCUCAUGCAGCUGGGCGAACAGCUCUUUAGCGAGCUCACUGCCAGAGCCUUGGUGGCGCUGGCCAAAUCGGCCCAGGAGGCGCAGCAGCAGACGGUUCAGCUGUGGAUCGAAAGUGACAAGAAGAGAGCGCUCCAUGAACAGCGUUUGAGCCCGCGCUUGGCGGACGCCAACAAGAGCGCUGAGCUGGAAGCGUUGGUCCAAGCUGAAGAGCAACGGCAUCAAGAGGCGACUCAAACCUGCCAGCAGGACCGGGAGCGCAUGGCUUUGGUCUUGCGUAGAUCCUGUGAGAGCUUCGUCUGCCGUUUGACCACGGUGGCAGAGGUCUCCAUUCGGCUGUUGGAUCUUCUUCCGCUGCACAGCCAUUUUGGAAGCCUUCCGGGUGAUGAGAAGGUGGAGCCCCCCCGGAUGUCCAUCAAGCGCCGCAUGCGGCGGCUGAACCGCGAGGACGAGGCGCCGGAGCCGGUGCCCAAGGCGGCAGCCAAAGGCAAGGCGGCAGCCAAGCCGCCCCCGGAGGAGCCAAAGGAGAAGGAUGCCGGACUCCCGGAACGUCAGUGGACAGGCGUCCCCAAGUACGAGCUCCGUGCCAUGCUCGUGGGCUCCAAGUGGCCGGAGGAUGAAAUGCUUCCGGAAGAGGAGUUCGAUCAGAAGAAGCUCGAGCUGACUGAGACCCUGAAGUCCUUCCGAUCGCCCCUUCGGCUCGCAUUCGCUGCGAGUCCGUCCGCGUCCGUCGAGGGAUGGCGGCGGCGUGGUGCAUCCGGGUCGUUGGACGUCUGAGGCCGGUCCACAGGAAGAUUAUCGAAGGACGACUGGAGUGCUACGAAAGGUACAAGCAAAGCUUCAUCGCUGAAGUGCAACGUCGAAGCACGGAAAUGUCCUUGCGAGAGGCCAAGGAGGAGGCCGGCGAGAGAAAGUGGCAGUCGAUGAUUCGACAGCUGAGUGGAGAGUGAUCCCAUGCGGCGUCAACGUACAACAGAAACACAUGCAC